AUGGCGGACACAUUUGAAAGUCAGCGGAGGCAGUCAGUAUUUCCGCGGGAGGUGGAAGGAAUGGCAUCCGGCCCUAACACCAGACGGAUGUCUAGGAUGGAUUCAAGGCCCAGUUUCCAGUAUGGCCUCAGUGGUCGUCGCAUGUCACAGUUUUCUCGCAGCAGUAUUUCCGGUCUCAGUUUUGGACUUCGCGACUUCAAAGCGCCGGUUCAGCUGCAGAACACAUACCGUUUGGGCCCGACUCCCAGCCAAACGUUCCAGCCACGGAAAGCCGAAGAUGUCAUGAAAUCUGUGCUAGAGUCCUACCUCGGCGGAGAGAAGUAUAGUACCGAGAUCUGCAGCAACCUGGUCCAGCAGAUAUCGGACGUAAUCAAAAGUAAAAUCAAAGAUCUAGGCUUCAGUUCCAGAUACAAAUACGUAUGUUUGGUAACCAUUGGUCAGAAUCGGCGUCAGGGCGUGGCUGUGGCCAGUAGGAGUGUCUGGAACCCAGAGACGGACAACUUCGCUUCAGCGUCUUUCUCCUGCGGAGAUCUUUUUGCCGUGGCUAACGUUUUUGCUGCCUACUUUGAAUAG